GCAUGUUGAUUUUUGUAUUUAUUACUGUUAAUUAAUAUAUUACAAAAUGCAAGUUUCAGAAGUAAAUGAUGUGAAAAUCUAUAAUUUAAGUGCUGGAAAAAGUCUACCUGAGUGGCUUUCUGAAAGAAAAAGGAGGAACCUGGCAAAGAAGGAUGUCAAUAUUAGAAGACGUAUUGAGCUCAUUCAAGACUUUGAUAUGCCUGCUGUCAGCACAUCAGUUAGAGUGUCAAAGGAUGGACAGUAUAUUUUUGCUACAGGAAUUUACAAACCCAGACUCAAAUGUUUUGAUGUCAAUCACUUAUCUUUGAAAUUUGAAAGAUGUUUUGACUCGGAAGUUGUUACAUUUGAAGUGUUGUCCGAUGACUACAGCAAAAUAGUGUUCUUGCAAUGUGACAGAUACAUAGAAAUUCAUUCAGCACCUGGAAAAUACUACAGGUUAAGGAUACCAAGAUUUGGUAGAGAUUUACAGUAUCACUAUCCAUCAUGUGAUUUAUUUGUUGUUGGAACUAGUAAUGAAAUAUACAGAUUAAAUUUGGAAAGAGGACAGUUUCUACAACCGUUUAUUUCUGACAGCUCAGCCAUAAAUAAAUGUACCAUAAAUCCUGUGCAUAGUUUGUUAUUUGUUGGAACUAAUGAAGGAAAAGUUGAAGCAUGGGAUCCCCGUGUUAAAAACAAAGUAGGAAUCCUCGAUUGUGGCUUUAGUUGUAUCAAACAUGAAACUAACAUGAAUACAGUACCAUCAGUCACAGCUCUAAAGAGUCAGGGAGCUUUAACGUUGGGUGUUGGAACAGCUACCGGUCAAGUAUUAUUGUACGACAUCAGGUCAAACAGUCCAUUUACGGUAAAAGAUCAUAAUAAAAAUUUACCUAUCAGAAACAUUGAGUUUCAUAAAAGUAUGGAUUUGGUGUAUUCAAUGGACAGUGAAAAUGUCAAAAUCUGGGAAAAAGAUACGGGAAAAAUAUAUACAUUUAUCGAAGCAGCUGAGGCGCAGUCGGCUUUCAACGAUUUGUGUAUCGUACCAAAUACCGGUCUAAUGUUCAUAGCCAACGAAAGCCCAAAAAUACAAUCGUAUUACAUUCCCAGUCUCGGGCCAGCCCCCAAAUGGUGUGGUUUUCUUGAUAAUCUCACGGAAGAGCUCGAAGAACUGGACUACGAUAACCUGUACGACGAUUACAAAUUUGUGACCGAAAAGGAGCUAGAGGAACUGGACUUGGCGCAUUUGAAGGGCACCAAUUUAUUGCGAGCCUACAUGCACGGCCACUUUAUAGACAUCAGAUUGUACAGAAAAGCCAAGAGCGUCUCGCAACCAUUUUCGUAUGAAGAGUACAGAAAGAAGAAGAUUCAAGAAAAGAUUCAAGAAGAGCGCCCCAAGCGUGUGCAAGUACGAAAAUUACCGGCUGUUAACAAGGAAUUGGCACUCAAAUAUAUAGAGUCCGAGAUGGAUAUGGAUCCAAAGAAAAAGAAGAACGCCCCGAGCAACGUGAUGAAAGACGAGCGAUUCAAAGCUCUAUUUGAAAAUCCGGACUUCCAAGUCGACACCAAAUCUCAAGAGUAUUCUCUACUCCAUCCUGUUCUUUCUCAUUUGGAUCAAUCCAGAAAACGUCGCGUACAAGAAGUUGAAGACCAAACCAAUGAAGCAGCUGAUGACGACGAAAAGAGUCUGGGCUCUGAUGCUGAAGACUACAUUGACACUUCCGACGAUGAAAAACCGUGGGUGAAAGAUGUCAAGAAGCAAUACAAGCUGAUUAAGGACACUGAAAGGGAAGCCGCAGACGAAGAAAGGAGAAAGGAGGCGGAACUGGAAGAGGAAAAAGCCCUGAAUUUCCCGAAAAAACAGCCCAAAUUCUACGAAUUAAAGGAUGAUUAUACGAUCAACAGAUCAAAUUUCAUAAGGAAACGAGCAAAGAUGAGUCUCGGUGACAGAGUGGAAUUGGAAGAGUCGCACAGGAGCACGGUGAAAGGAACGAAAGGGAACAAGGAGAUGACGUUCAAAAUUCCAAAGAAAAACUUCAACAGAAGCAAAACAAUCAACAGACAAGAGAUGAGACAUCAGUUGAGACCAGCAGGAAGCAUAGGAAGAGGAAAAAAAUCGAAAUAUUGAA